CCCGUGUGUAGUUCAGGAAAGGGACGGCGCGUUUGUGACUUGCAGCUCCGGCGACAGCGCAACUUUUAUGUCGUACGCUGACCAUCAUUGAUGGACUUGUGGAAAGGAAAUGACCUAGCGGCCUUACAGAUACAUGCAUGCUUUUUGUCGCGCUACUCUGCAGCACCAGAAGGCGGCUAACAAGAUCUGGAACCACACUUGUUUCCGCAGUGAGUAAUACCUACCUCAGCCAGCAGACAGAAGAAACUUGGGAGUUGGUGUGGAUUUCAAACUGUCAGACGGCAUCAGUUGGCCACUUGUUCACUGCCGGAGUCCUGCUUUGUGGAGAGGAUUCACAACAGACUGGGUUUGUCUGCCGUUCAUCAUGUUUCACAGCUCCACUACCAGCCAGUACACUUGAAGAGCCGAGGCAACAUCUGUUUAUUCCAACAUCAUCAUCAUCAUCUUUUUUUUUUUUUUCUUUUUUUUUAUAACUUUCCACCUGUGGUGUUGAUUUGUGUCUCAUUUUCCUUGGCAUCAUCUUGCUUUUUGCGUUCAGCUUUUAAGAUUUUCUACUUUUAGAAGUUCUAUCUGGCAUAGGUUUAUAUAUGUACUACAUGUAUAUAUAUUGUAUAUAGUCCAUGUACGGUAUGAAGAAGGAUUUUAUUUUUUUCUCCCCCCAUUCUGAAGUCAGCUCUGCACUUUAAAAUUGUCUGGGAUGUUUUGGAACUUUGAGUAAAUUAAGGAGUGUUUUCCCACUUUCCCUCUCCUAUCAUGGUCACUUUGUGUAAAGCUGGAAAUAGAGAAUCUGGAGUUGCGCUGUUUUUGGAGUUUGGCUUUUCAUGUCCGCAGCAGGGCUGCAUGUAAACAAUCCACUCAGGCUUUUUCAUUUUUCUUUGGCCUCACCCAUUUUCUGUGCAGUCUGUUUUUUUUUUUGUUGUUGUUGUUUUUUGUUUUUUUUGCACGGCUUGCUGAGAUGAGCAUCUGGCAGGUGCAAGUAGAAUCCCCAAACUGUUUUCUCACACUGCAGUUCAAGAGCUGUUGAGUUUCGUGUUCUGCAUAGAGGACAGGGACACUUUGUGAAAACAAACAAAACUGUAAACGGGAGCUUCCGGUGCAGUAGCACCACCUAUGUAUUGUUGUAGUGUGCAGGAAAGUAAAAUGGACUACAAGCGCCGCUUUUUGCUCGGCGGGUCCAAGCAGAAAGUGCAACAGCACCAGCAGUACCAGAUGCCUGAGCUGAGCCGCACCCUGAGCGCCUCGCUAGCCUCGUCUUGCUCAGCCUCUUCACCCAUUGGCACCGGAGUGGGCAUGCCUGGCAGCUGCCACCCACCUCCUUCUGGCACCACUACCGCCGUCGCUGACAUCCAGCAAGGCAUCUCCAAAUACUUAGAUGCCCUCAAUGUGUUCUGCCGUGCCAGCGCCUUUCUCACAGACUUGUUCAGCAGUGUGUUCAGGAACUCUCACUAUUCCAAAGCAGCUAUGCAACUGAAAGACGUGCAGGAACACGUCAUGGAGGCGGCCAGCAGGCUGACUGCAGCAAUAAAGCCAGAGAUCGCCAAAAUGCUGAUGGAGCUGAGUGCUGGUGCUGCCAACUUCAAAGAUCAGAAUGACUUCACCCUGCAGGAUGUUGAGGUGCUGGGUCGGUGCUUCCUCACGGUGAUGCAGGUCCAUUUUCAGUUUCUGUCACAGGCCUUGCAGAAGGUCCAGCCUGUGGCACAGUCCUGCCUGGCAGAGGCUCUGGCACAAGCUCAAGAGCGGUGCAGCAAUAGCCGCUCUCAAAACACAGAGCUGGGGCCCCUCACAGAACUUGAAGAGGCCUCGCGCUCAUGGAAAGGUGCAGCCGAGGUUACAGUGCGGCUAAGAGAACGAGGCCGGGAUGGCUGCCUGGCGGGCAUCCAGGUUCAGCAGCUCUUCUGCUCUAAUAACACCACUAUCCCUGAGCAUCAGCUUAAGGAGCUCAAUAUGAAGAUCGACAAUGCUUUACAGGCCUAUAAAGCGGCACUAGAGAGCUUGGGCCACAGUGAGUAUGCCCUGAAGGCCGGCUUUCAUCUUAACCCCAAAGCUGUGGAGACAGCCUUACAGGGCUGCUGUAGUGAGGCGGAGGCCCAGCAGGCGGGCAGGAUGCAAACCACCUCCCAGCCCAUACAGUGUGAGCUGCCCACCAUUCCCGUGCAGAUCGGUUCACAUUUUCUCAAAGGAGUGUCGUUCAAUGAGUCGGCAGCUGACAACCUCAAACUGAAAACUCACACGAUGCUGCAGCUUAUUAAGGAGGCACUGGGCCAGAAUGGAAUGAGCCCCAGGGAGGAUUCUCCUGUCACCCAAGUUCUUAACCAAGUCUGCCCAUCCAGCUGGAGAGGAGCCUGUAAGACUGCAGUCCAGCUGCUCUUUGCCCAAGCUGGUCUGGUAGUGGUUGAUACGGCUCAGAUUGAGAACAAGGAAGCUUAUGCUCCCCAGAUCACUUUGGAGGGAUCCAAGUUGGUGGUUCAGGUUCCCUCUACAUGGUGUCUUAAAGAGGACCCGGCCACGAUGUCCUUGCUCCAGCGUAGCCUCGAUCCAGAGAAGACACUCGGUCUGGUGGAUGUGCUCUACACAUCAGUGUUUGACAUCAACAGGUGGAUGGAGAGAAAAGAGCAGGCCUUGCCGACUAUUCAGAUACAGCUGCAGCGGGAGACCCAAGACUACGGGAGCCAAGUGGACCUGCCUCCAGGAACUAGCGCCAAAACCUCCAGCGGCUUGCCUAAAACAAUUUCCAAACUGACUUCCAAGUUCACCAAGAAGGUCUCAUCCAGUUCGAACAGCGGAGGCAGCUACUCCAUCCCUAGUACGCCAUCUCGCAGCAUGUCAACAACGAGUAACACAGAGGAAAAGACCAAGAACCUAGGCCAUAGUGACGGGAGACUCCAGAGCCUCCUGCAAUUUGGUGGCCUGUCCUGCACGUCUGAUUCUCCACAGCAAAAUCAGAUGGCUAAUGGUUCUGUAUUCGAGGACCAGGGGAUGAAUCUACCAACUGACCAAGAGAUGCAGGAUGUCAUUGACUUUCUCUCAGGAUUUAACAUGGGAAAAUCCCAGCAGGCCUCGCCUCUGGUUAAGAGGAGGAACUCUGUAGCAUCUGCAAACCCUGCAGAGCUGAAGCCCCCAUGUGGACCUUCAUCAGCUUCCCAGAGUAUAUCUCACACUGCCCUACAGCCACCAAAUCAGACCCUUACACAUUCUCAACCGCAGCCAUCACCGUCAGUUCAGAAGCAGCAGUCUCAACAACAACAACAGCCACCGCCUCCAUCUCAGCAACCCUCACCACAGACCCUGCAGUACUACCAGCACCUCCUGCAGCCCAUCAGUCAGCAGCAGCCACCUCCUCAGCUCCCUCCUCAGCAGACACCGCCACAGGCCCUGCCCCAGCAGCGAGUGGCAAGCAAGUGGCUGAGCACCUCUGGACAGCAGCCUCCCCCACAAGGCCCUUCAACAGGGUUGUCCCCUCUGGGCCCCAUCGGGCAGUGGGCAUCUCCUGGUCUGCCAGAUCUGAGCUCGGACCUGUACAGUCUGGGCCUGGUCAGUACCUACAUGGACAGUGUCAUGUCAGAGAUGCUGGGUCAGAAGCCCCAAGGACCUCGCAAUAACACGUGGCCUAACAGGGACCAGAGCGAGGGUGUCUUUGGAGUUCUGGGAGACAGUCUUCCCUUUGACCCAGCAGUUGGGUCUGACCCAGAGUUUGCACGUUACGUGGCCGGUGUCAGUCAGGCCAUGCAGCAGAAACGGCAGGUGCAGCACAUCCGUCGCCCCAGUAACACUCGCAGCAACUGGCCAAUGCCGGACGAGGGCCACAGGACCUGGUCCCACCCAGAAUACUACAGUGAGGGGGAGGGAGUGAACAGCAGCUGGUCGACCAAUCAGGGAGACUCUGCCAGCUCCAGUGAUGAGACGUCUUCAGCCAACGGAGACAGUCUGUUCUCCAUGUUUUCUGGACCCGACCUGGUAGCAGCAGUGAAACAGCGGAGAAAACACAGCUGUGGUGAGCCGGAGGUGUGCACGCUGCCCUCGCCACCACUCCACCACAUCGGCGAUGAUAACCAGGACAGCAAAACUAAAACCUGGCCUCCUAAAGCACCGUGGCAGCACUGCACCCACACCAACACCAUGCCCAAUCCCAGCUCUUCCUUGUACCAGAUGAACAUCCCUCCUUCCUCCCAGUGGAGCGACUCCAUGCAGAUGCUGCAGUCUCCGGUGUGGUCCACUGCCAGUGACUGCUCACCCUCCACUGGCAUCUCCUCUGGUUUUUCCUUCACCCAGCAGCAGCAGCAGCAGCUCAAACCCGCCAGCAAGGGCUUCAAAUCGUUCCCCAGCAAACACGAGCACAGGCCCUCCUACCUUCACCAGUACUGAACUGUGACAGAGGCCCUGCCUCCAGUCAUUAGGCCACGCCCGCUGAAUUGGAAUAUCUCUGGCUCCGGUUGCACUCCGGCUCAGAGGCAUAAUUGCGUACAAACACUGGCUCGCCAUUUUUGUAUGUAUAUUUUUCCAUGUCAGACACGCCCAAUUUGGAAAAAGAUGUAUUUUGAAGUUUUUCGAACUGCCAUCUUUUAACUACAAAAAGAUGCAUGUGUCAUCCUUGCCGCUGUUUCUUUGUUGAACCGAUGUACCGCCUGCACGGGACGUGCACAACCACCAUCCGCCUGCUUCUGCAGCUCAGUGUGUGUGCACGUGUUUGUAUGUGUGUAAGCGAGUAAGCGAGGGCAGGGCUUGGAAGGCUCUCACUUUGCCCGUAAUAAAAUAUACUGUCUACAUAGCUGUAACUGCCAAAUCUCAUGCAAGAUGACAGAGUACAGCUCCCAUCUGCUGUUUUCAUACCUUGUAAACGAGCAAAGUUGAAAUAUAAAUAUUCUUUUUAUUAAGAGGCUUUGAGCAGGCUCAGCAUAAAUAUAGUAAGUUACUGCAGAGGUGUCAUUUGAGAGAAAUAACACUACUUUAAAAAAAAAAAAAAAAAAGAGCAGAGUUGAAAUUAUAGCCAGUAACUAUGUGCCAUGUUGGUAUUGAUAGCACUUGCAGAACAUUAUUUCCAACCAAAGCGUUGUUCGGAACGAUGACUGGUGCUGUGGGGAAGUUGUGUGACGCGAACGCAGUAAAAGUUCUUCCCGGGUUAGACGGUUGGAUGAUGGGCAGUUUGUUUUUAAGAUCGACACUAACAAACUAUUGUUCUGUAAUAAAACUAUUUUUCUUGUACAAUUAUGACAGUAUUAACCUUAUUUUUGUACUUUCGUACAUGAUACCGUUGACUGUUAGUGGUUUUAUUGGCUGUGGCAAAAAAAAAAAAAUAUAAUUUCACCUCCCAAUAUGUGAAAAGCACAUUUUCUUUUCUUCCCUACAUCAUCUGUCUGUAAAAGGUUACCAAAAAUGCCAUGCUAAACACUAAAACAUUGUGUGAGGAGGCUGUUUUAGUCCAUUUCUAUGGCAACGGGCUGCAUUUAAAAGUCCGGGAAUGUUUUUUUUUUUAUUAUUAUUUUUGUGGAUGCCAAUGUUGCCUGUAUUUAAGAAAUGACAUUUUCAGAAAACUAACAUACUUAACAUGUUUACAGAGAAUUGUUUGCUGUAUAUACAUAUAAAUAUAUAUCUUUUUAUAGUUAAUGUGCUUUGCACAAUCAAAAUAUAGGGUUUGUUGCUUUUCAUCUGUGUUCUCUCCCUAACUGGUGCAGCUUUUUUUUUUUUUAAAGAGGUGACCUUUGACUGUAACCGGUAGCUUCUCGGCUGUGUCAAAUGGUUUAUUAGUGGAUUCUAUAGAAGAAAAA